ACGUCCUGGGACCGCCAAGCUGGAAGCGGGGGAAGCUGAGAAAGACGCUUCGCUGCCUCGCGGCUGAGUGUUUUAUGGACCAUGUGCUGCUAUGUACACCUGAAGUACUUGAAAUGCAAAUUUGGAGACACUUUACCAUCUAAAUGCUUGGCUGGAUUAAGCGCCUAAUUAGGAUGGUUUUUCAACAAGUUGGAGUAAGCAUGCAAUCGGUACUUUGGUCUGGGAAGCCAUAUGGUUCAUCUCGAAGUAUUGUAAGGAAAAUUGGUACUAAUUUAUCUCUGAUCCAGUGUCCAAGAGUUCAGUUUCAGCUUACCAGCCCUACAACAGAAUGGAGCCCCAGUCACCCAGGAGAGGAUGCAGUGGCAUCUUUUGCUGACAUUGGAUGGGUAGCCGAAGAAGAAGGAGAGUGCUCAACAAGACGCAGGACAGAGGUCAGGCCAAGGCAACCCCUUCAGGAUGACCUUUUUUUCUUUGAGAAGCCCCCAAGCAGGCAGUUUUCCUUACCAAACUUGUCUCCAGAAGAGCCUCCACUGAGGACACCACUGGCAAAUGAGGAAGCACUACAGAAGAUCUGUGCUCUUGAAAAUGAACUUGCUGCUCUCAGAGCUCAGAUUGCCAAAAUUGUGACCCUGCAAGAACAGCAAAAUCUUACUGCAGAUGAUUUAGAUUCUAGCACAUCUGUUACCACAGUACCACCCUCUGUCCCACCACCUCCCCCNNACCUCUGUGCGCUUUCAUUGAGCCUUAAUUCUCCAGUUUCCAUCUCACUGCUAGCAGUGUUUUCAUGGGGUAUCUGUGGUGCUAGAGAAAGGCUGUCAGGCCUAGAAAGGCACACAGAGUACUUCCCGGAGGGAUGCUAGCAUACUGAAAUGUCUCGUUGGUUUCUGUUCACUUCUCUAAGGUCAGAACAAGAUACAAAGCCCAAACCUGUAGAUGCUACUGACCCUGCUGCUCUCAUAGCAGAGGCUCUGAAAAAGAAAUUUGCUUACCGGUAUCGAAGUGAUAGCCAAGGUGAGGCUGAAAAAGGAAUUCCAAAGUCUGCAUCAGAGGCCACUUCAGAAACAGUGUUGUUUGGGCCACACAUGUUGAAGUCUACAGGAAAAAUGAAGGCUUUAAUUGAAAAUGUUUCAAAUUCCUGAGAAA